CCCCGCCGUACGAACAACAUCGCUGAAUCGGGCUCCGAACUCCACUCCUCCAAUUGCGUGAUCGGCGACUUUUUGUCAAAACCAAAAGGCCAGCUGCGUCCGCGUCAACUGCACCACUGGUCCUUGGUCUUCAAAUCAAUCGACUACCAAGCAUGUCUUCUUCCAACCCAUCAAGGCAUUUCGCCUUCGCCUUGCUCAUCCCUCUGGUGCUGGCAGCAGCAAAUUACGCUUCUCUACACCAGCAAGUCUUGGGAUUUCUCGGCUACCACUCUACCGUCUCUUCUCUACCUGCUGUCACUAUACCUCAAGCUACUCUGGUUGGCACAAUCAUCGAUGACGCUUUUCCAACGCCAGUGGAAGCAUUUCUUGGGUUUCCCUACGCAGCCGCUCCCACCGGUGCUUUGAGAUUUGCCAAACCUGUUGCCGUACAGCCUGGAAACGAGACCUUCAAGGCUGAUGCUUUUGGCCCCAGAUGUCCUGGAAAACAACUACUUCCUCCCGGUGGCGGCGAAGAUAUUUGGUCUGAAGAUUGUUUGACCGCCAACAUCUUCCGCCCUGCCUCUUUACCCAAGGACAAAAAAGUGCCCGUUAUGGUUUAUAUCCACGGAGGAGCUUUUAAUCGCGGUACGGCGAAGAUGCAUAAUACGGCUUCUAUGGUUGGAUUUGCGACUGAGGGUUUCGUUGCCGUCAGCUUCAAUUACAGGAUUGGUGCGCUUGGCUUUUUGAAUUCGAAAGUUACGGAAAAGGAGGGAGUGUUAAAUUUGGGGUUGCAUGAUCAGGUGCUUAUGUUGGAAUGGGUGAGGGAUAAUAUUGCUGCGUUUGGAGGUGAUGAGGGAGAUGUUACGUUGGUUGGGUUGAGCGCUGGUGCACAUUCGAUUGGCCAUCAUAUCAUGAACAUCAACUCCCCACACCAAUACCCCCUCUUCCACAAAACGGUAAUCGAAUCCGGUGGACCCACCUCACGCGCCCUUCACCCUUACGAUUCUGCCCUGCAUGAAGCACAAUUCCAGAUGUUCCUCACCCUGACCUCUUGCUCUGGUCUCUCCGACACCGCGAUCCUCCCUUGUCUCCGCAACGCCUCCGAAGCAAGUAUAGUGGAAGCUUCAAACACAGUCUUUGCCCAUUGGAACCCUUCCGUCAGAUGGGCAUGGCAACCCGUCAUCGACAACGACUUGAUCUCCCGACGCCCCUUGUCAGCCUGGAAAUCAGGAAACUACGCCAACGUGCCCAUUCUCACUGGCUUCAAUCACAAUGAAGGAACAAUGUAUGUACCCAAGACCACCACUACAUCCGCACAAUUCCGCGAAUUUUGGGCCGAACUGCUUCCGCAUUUGGGAAAUGAGGAGUUGGAUGUUGUUGAACAAUUAUAUCCUGAUCCUGCUGUUUAUCCUGAUUCUGAGUAUCUUGAUACCAGAGGUUUGGAUGUAGGUGCGCAGUAUAAACGUCUAGAAGCUGCGUAUGGACAUUACGCAUACGUUUGCCCUGUCCGGCAAACCGCGCAAUUUUCCAAAACACCGGUGUAUCUAUACCACUGGGCCACCAAUCGUACCAUCCUCGGCGGCGCUAAUCACGGCGAUCAAAUGUGGUAUGAGACCUUCGACCCAUCCACCACAUCCGUCUCUUCCACGCAUAAAGAACUCGCUGGCGUAUUUCAUGACUACAUUGUCAGUUUCGUUUUGACCGGGGAUCCGAAUGCCGUGGAGGGGAGGUGGAAACGACCGGUUUGGGAAGCAUGGGGUAAGCAAGGAGAGCAAGAACACAAGACCAUGGUUUUCGGCGCGGGUAACGACGAACGUGCCGGUGGAAAGGGUAAAGGUGUCAUAGCAGAAUUGCUCAACGAUACCUGGGGCUCCAAACAAUGCGAAUUCUGGUGGUCGCAAACCCCCAAUGUGGAAGAUUAGAACUGGUGUAAAAAGUCCAAAGCGAGAACCGAUCAGUUCCCGCUUAUACUGCCAAUAUCUCAAGUUGGGC